AAAUCUUGUGAAAGCUAAGUGCAGAAGCCUGUUUUGGUCCACAUGGAGAACAAAAGGCAGCGAGCCCGAGUGCAGGGAGCCUGGGCUGGCCCUGCUAAGAGCCAGGCCACUGCUCAACCUGCUGCCCCUGCUAAGAGACAUCUCCAUCAGAGGCCUAGCCAGAUCUGGAGGAACCAGGAGCAGCAUCUGUCUGACAGAGAGUUUCUGUUCAAAGAACCCCAGCAGGGAGUGCGCAGAGCCCCAGAGCCGCGAGUGAUUGACAAAGAGGGAGUGCAUGAAAUCAGCCUAUCACCUGCAGGUGUUUCUAGGGUGUGCUUGUAUCCUGGCUUUGUUGACGUGAAAGAAGCAGACUGGACACUGGCACAGCUCUGUCGGGAUGUUCCCUGGAAACAGAGGACUGGCAUCCGAGAGGGUAUAACUUACCAGCAACCAAGACUUACAGCAUGGUAUGGAGAACUUCCUUACACUUACUCAAGAGUCACGAUGGAACCAAAUCCUCACUGGCAUCCUGUGCUGAGCACGCUGAAGAACCGCAUCGAACGGAACACCGGCUACAACUUCAACUCCUUACUCUGCAAUCUUUAUCGCAAUGAGAAGGACAGCGUGGACUGGCACAGUGAUGAUGAACCCUCACUGGGGAGCUGCCCCGUCAUCGCAUCGCUCAGCUUUGGUGCCACACGCACUUUUGAGAUGAGGAAGAAGCCUCCACCAGAAGAGAAUGGAGACUACACAUAUGUGGAAAGAGUGAAGAUACCCUUGGACCACGGGACCUUGCUAAUCAUGGAAGGAGCAACGCAAGCUGACUGGCAGCAUCGUGUUCCCAAGGAGUACCACUCGAGAGAGGCAAGAGUCAACCUGACCUUUCGGACGGUUUAUCCAGACCCUCAGGGGCCACACUGGUGACGUGAGGCCUGAGAGAGCAG